AUGGCCAAUAAAACGGUCCUCGUAAUCGCUGGGAGCGACUCUAGUGGUGGAGCAGGCCUCGAGGCGGACCAGAAAGUCAUCGCGGCCCAUGGCUGCUAUGCCAUGACUGCUACUACCGCCCUGACGGCCCAGAAUACUCUUGGCGUCGACGAUAUACAUCAUAUCCCGCCCAGUUUUGUGAGGAAGCAGCUAGACGCCGUUUUUAAUGAUAUACGCCCCAGCGUCGUGAAGACUGGGAUGCUGGCAUCUACACGCACCAUUGAAGUAGUCGCCCAGGCAUUGAAGGAUUACAAAGUCGAGACGCUAGUGCUGGACCCCGUCAUGGUCGCCACGACCGGCGCCCAGUUGUUGCCCUCGGAGGCCGUGGAGGGGUUGCGGACCCUGCUCCUCCCGCAGGCGUUUAUCCUGACUCCGAAUGUUCCAGAGGCCGCUCUCUUGGGCUCUUACGGCGGGAAAGAACCCAUCGCCAUCAGACGGGUCGAAGACCUGGAGGCGGUAGCCCGAAGGGUGGCGGAGCUGGGGCCGAAAUGGGUGCUUGUCAAGGGCGGACACGUGCCAUUCAGGAAGGACGGCUCCCUGGCGACAGGUGACGAGGAAAAGGAGGUCGUCGUUAACCUCUUGUUCGGGGAAGGCCGGACGGUCAGGAUAGAGAGCCCGUACAUAGAGUCGAAGAAUACGCACGGGACCGGCUGCUCGCUCGCUUCCGCCAUCGCCUCCAACCUCGCCGGGGGGCUCACGCCGGUGGAAGCUGUCAGAGCGGCUUGCCGGUAUGUUGAGGCGGGCAUCAGGUCGGCACCCGGGUACGGAAAGGGGAACGGCCCGAUCAACCAUUUCCAUUCGAUGAUGGCUCUCCCGUUUUCUCCUGGUCACUUUCUCGACUACCUUAUCGAACGCCCUGAUGUGGCGCCUGUAUGGCAUCGUUUCACUAACCACCCAUUCGUUAUCGGGCUCGGGGACGGCAGGCUGCCCCUUGAGUCGUUCAAGGGUUACCUCGUACAGGACUAUCUAUAUCUGGUUCACUUUGCGAGAGCGAAUGCGCUGGCGUCGUACAAGGCCAAGAAUAUAGAGGAUAUCGCGGCGUUCGCGAAAAUCGUAUCGCAUAUCCAAACCGAGAUGAGCCUCCACCUCGACUACUGCCAGGGCUUCGGCAUAUCGAAGGAGGAGAUCGAGGCAACCGAGGAGCACCAAGCGUGCACUGCGUAUACCAGAUACGUCUUGGACAUCGGGCAGUCUGAGGAUUGGCUUGGACUCCAGCUUGCCCUGGCUCCGUGCCUCCUUGGUUAUGCAGCGAUCGCAGCGCAACUCCACAGCGACCCGAGGACGAAGACGGAGGGGAAUACCUACUGGAAGUGGAUCCUGAACUACGUGGCAGAGGACUACAUGCAGGCGGUGAAGACGGGUUCUGAGCUCAUAGAAAAGAACGCGGUCCUGCAGUCCCCGACGCGGAUAGAACAGCUCGUCGCGGUCUUCAUCCACGCUACCAAGAUGGAGAUUGGGUUCUGGGAGAUGUUCCCGUCAGCUAAUGGCUACGGUGGUGGCUACGGCGGCGCUGGCGGCGGAGGAGGCUACGGUGGAGGUGGCGACAGAAUGUCCAACCUCGGAGCUGGAUUGCACAAGCAGACAUGGGACAUGAACACGCUCCCCAAGUUCGAGAAGUCCUUUUAUAAGGAAGAUGAAGCGGUCGCUCGCCGGCCCGCUGCCGAGGUUGAGCGGUUCCGAAGGGACCACCAGAUCACCAUUUCCGGACACGAUGUUCCUAAGCCCGUCGAGACAUUCGACGAGGCUGGUUUCCCUCGAUACGUGAUGGAUGAGGUGAAGGCACAGGGCUUCCCUGCGCCCACGGCUAUUCAGUCCCAGGGUUGGCCAAUGGCUCUUUCUGGUCGCGACGUUGUUGGUAUUGCCGAGACAGGCUCUGGCAAGACCCUUACCUACUGUCUACCUGCUAUUGUCCACAUAAAUGCCCAACCGCUCCUGGCUCCUGGUGACGGACCCAUCGUUCUUGUUCUCGCGCCCACGCGAGAGUUGGCCGUCCAGAUCCAGCAGGAGAUCACCAAGUUCGGAAAAUCGUCGCGCAUCCGCAACACCUGUGUGUACGGAGGAGUUCCUCGCGGCCCUCAAAUCCGAGAUCUUACCAAGGGUGUCGAGGUCUGCAUUGCGACCCCCGGCCGUCUUAUCGACAUGCUCGAGGGCGGCAAGACGAAUCUGCGCCGUGUGACGUAUUUAGUGCUCGACGAGGCUGAUCGUAUGCUGGACAUGGGUUUCGAGCCCCAGAUCCGCAAGAUUAUCAGCCAGAUCCGACCCGACCGCCAGACUCUCAUGUGGUCUGCUACUUGGCCCAAGGAAGUCCGGGCCCUGGCUGCCGAAUUCCAGACGGAUUUUAUCCAGGUCAACAUUGGCUCUAUGGACUUGUCUGCUAACCACCGUAUCACGCAAAUCGUCGAGGUCGUCUCCGAAGGCGAGAAGCGCGAACGCAUGAUCAAGCAUCUCGAAAAGAUUAUGGACAACAAGGAGAACAAGGCGCUUCUUUUCGUGGGCACGAAGCGUGUUGCCGACGAUAUCACCCGAUUCCUCCGCCAGGAUGGCUGGCCCGCCCUCUCUAUCCAUGGUGACAAGCAGCAGAACGAGCGAGACUGGGUCCUGGACCAGUUCAAGACUGGCAAGAGCCCCAUCAUGGUGGCCACCGACGUGGCUUCACGUGGUAUUGACGUGCGCAACAUCACUCACGUGAUCAACUAUGAUUAUCCGAACAACUCGGAGGACUAUAUCCAUCGCAUUGGCCGAACUGGUCGUGCUGGCGCGAAGGGCACCGCCAUCACAUUCUUCACCGCUGACAACUCUAAGCAGGCUCGUGAUCUAGUUGCCGUUCUUCAGGAGGCUAAGCAGCAAAUUGACCCUAGACUUCACGAGAUGUCCCGGUACGGCGGUGGUGGUGGUGGAGGAGGACGAUAUGGGGGACGAGGCUUCGGCCGCGGUGGUCACCGAGCGAAUACUGACACGUUCGUCUUUGCCUCUCUAGGUGGCGGCAGCGGCGGCGGCGGCGGCGGCGGCGCUGGUGGUGCGAAUGCCAUGCCCAUCAAUAACCGACGUUGGUGA